CCCUUUAAUGAAUGUCAUUUUUGUGACUUUCUCCUUCUAGUGCUAUUUUUGAGACAUAAACUUCAAAAGGUGAUAUUAUUGACAAUUGCCCGUUUUUAAAUUACUUGAUUGUUUUCCUAGUUAAGUAUAACUCUAAACAUCAAGAUUUGUGAUAUAUGGUGUAUAAUUUAUACAGAUUACAGUAUUCAUAUCAAUAACAUAACUAUAGAGUUAAGUAUAAAUUUUUUUGUAGCUAAUUUCUUAUUGGUCCAAAUUUUCCUAAAAUAUAUCGGAAAUUAUAGAAUUUGUUAAAAAAGGCAACGUGACGUUUCCAUUUUUUCCCUUAUGUCUAAAAGUAUAAGUUGGGCCGUAGAUAACUGGGCCUAACUCAGCUAACCAAAACCAACUAAUCAACCAACACGCGCUCGACCGGACAAGCUCUUCUCUGGCUCCUCCUGCGACGGCGACACGACCGUACCGCCACCGCCUUCUCCCUCCGAUCCUUUAACUUCCAUCUAAUUACUUCUCUGCUACACCUAUCAAAUCCAUCCAUCCUUCGCUCUCUCUCUCUCUCUGAACGAGAUGGGUAGACCCAAAGGAGAUGCUGCAAGGAGCAAGUCUCGUCCUUCAAGCAGCAGCUUGGCAGCUUCUCUGUUGCCGUCUGGGUCCGCAGCCGCCGCCGUAGGUUUUGGCGGCUAUGUGGGCAGCUCUAGAUUCGAUGCUUCUUCUAUGUCAAACGAAGACUCUGCUCCCUUCUUGGAUUUGGAUAGUGAGAUGGCCCAACACUUGCAACGUCUCUCAAGAAAAGACCCUACAACAAAGAUUAAAGCUCUUACUUCCCUGUCAGAACUGGUUAAGCAGAAGAAAGGGAAAGAACUUGUGCCAUUAAUCCCACAAUGGACGUUUGAGUACAAGAAGUUGAUACUGGACUACAGUAGAGAUGUCCGGCGAGCUACGCAUGACGUCAUGACUAAUGUUGUCACUGGUGUCGGGAGAGAUUUAGCACCCCAUCUUAAGUCUAUAAUGGGCCCCUGGUGGUUUUCACAGUUUGAUUUGGUUUCUGAAGUUUCUCAAGCAGCAAAAUCGUCUUUGCAGGCAGCUUUCCCUGCCCAGGAGAAGAGAUUAGACGUCUUGAAUUUGUGUUCAGCUGAGAUUUUUGCUUAUCUGGAGGAAAAUCUGAGACUUACACCUCAAAAUUUAUCUGAUAAAGCACUUGCUUCGGAUGAAUUAGAAGAAAUGUACCAGCAGAUGAUGUCUUCAUCUCUGAGGGCGUUGGCUACACUUCUAGAUAUAUUGCUCCACGAACCCAAUAAAGCUGGCUCUGAAAGUGUCAAUGCGGAAUCAAAACUUGCCUCGAAGGCUAGGAGAGUAGCAACCUCCUCAGCUGGAAAGUUGUUCUCUUUCCAUAAAUGCUUUCUGAACUUCCUAAAAUCCGAAAGCCCUAGUAUCCGAUCAGCAAUUUAUUCUUUGUUGAGCAGCUUCAUUAAAAAUGUUCCUGAAGUCUUUAGUGAAGGCGACGUUAGAUGUCUUGCACCAGCCCUGCUUGGUGUUUUUCGAGAAACUAGUCCAAUUUGCCACUCAUCAAUGUGGGAGGCUCUCUUGUUGUUCUCUAGAAAAUUUCCUCAGAGUUGGACCUACUUAAAUGUUCAUAAGUCUGUUCUGAAUCACUUAUGGCAGUUUCUUAGGAACGGGUGCUUUGGAUCCCCACAGGUUUCUUACCCUGCAUUGAUAUUGUUCCUUGAAGUUAUGCCAACCCAAUCUGUGCAAGCUGAUAAGUUCUUUGUGAAUUUUUUCAAUAACUUACUAGCUGGGAGGAGUAUGUGUGAUUCUUCAAGCGCAGAUCAGUUAUCACUUCUCCGUGCAACCACUGAAUGUUUCCUAUGGGGAUUACGUAAUGCUUCAAGGUAUUGCGAUGGUCCCAGCAUUCACGAUCUCCAAGUUGAUCUAAUUGAUAAAGUCCUUGUGAAGAAUCUAUGGGCAAACUUCUUUGAAUUAUCUAAGGACAGUACUCCACAUAUUCAGAGGAAGCCAUCUGAAACUCUAAGCAUGAGUGGUUCAGUUAAUUUUCUGCAAGAGCUAGGAAGAUGCAUCUUAGAUAUUCUUUCAGGAAUUAAUUUACUCGAACAGAACCUGCUGUCUUAUUUCCUUAAAUCUGUUCAGGAGAGCUUCUUGAAUAUGCUUCAGCAGGGAGAUACAGAGACAGUUACCGGCAGCAUGAGAAAAAUGAUUGAUUUUCUCUUGUUAUUGGAGAGAUACUCAGGUCUGGAAGGUGAGAGUUGGCCUUUGGAUCAAUUUAUGGGGCCACUGCUGUCCAAGGCUUUUCCAUGGAUAAAAUCAUCUGAAUUGAUAGAUGGUUUGAAGCUUUUGUCAGUUUCAGUAUCAAUAUUUGGACCGAGAAAAAUAGUUCCGGUACUUGUAGGUGAUAUAGAGACUUAUACCCUUCUCUCUGUUGAAGAAGGGAGGGAUAUGAGCCCAGAAAAGUUUAUUAAAGUUUUCCAAGAAAUCUUUAUUCCUUGGUGCGUGGAUGGACAUGACUCUUCGACUGCAGUUAGAGCUUCUAAACAAGAUCUCCUGCUUUCAUUACUUGAUGAUGAAUGUUUCUCUCAGCAGUGGAGUGAUGUAAUUUCUUAUGUAUUUGAUCAACAACAUCACGGGUUCGAUAAGCUGGCUUCUAUGGAAUUGCUUUUAGAGAAGGCAAGGGAUCAAAUUACAAAAAGAAGUUCUGGGCUGGAGUUGAGUCAAAGAAUAGGCUCUAAGCCAGACCAUUGGCAUCAUGAGCUCAUAGGAUCGACUGCUAUAAGUCUUGUACGUUCCUCCCCGGUGACUACAACCUCUGCUACUCAGUUCUUGUGUUCAGUUCUGGGUGGUGCAACGGAAGACAGCAGUAUUUCUUUUGUGUCAAGAAGCUCGUUGGUCUUGAUAUAUAGAGGGAUCCUCGAAAAGCUGCUAUCUUUUAUCAAACAGUCACCAUUAUGUUCAGUUAGUGAUACAUGUUCCUCUCUUAUCGUUGAGGCUGUUGAUAUAGAGUUUGAUUUGAGCAGUUCCGUCGAUGUGAUCGCCAUAACUAAGUUUGCAGCAGAAGUUAUUGAUGGUAGUUUGUUCAGUUUAAAGGCUCUGGAUCAGGAUGCCACUCUACUUUCAACUAUUAUAUCUUCUGUCUUUAUUAUUGACUUGGAGAGUAGAAUAUCAUCACUAGUGGACAGUACUCUGAAUGAGUUUAAAGAGAAGCAAAAGGAUCGGAAUAUAGUGUGUGGUUUUGUUCAUGCUGUUUGCUCUAAGAUGAGUAAUCAGUUCUGGAAAUCUAUAAACUAUGAUGUCAGAAAGAGUUCAGCAAAGAUUUUGGCUCAGUCCGUAAGGUCAGUUGUCCAACUUGAGGAUGAUCUGCAACCUUGUCAACUUACAUUACUAUGUGCUUCAUGGAUGCCCGAGGUGUUGGAAUAUCUUUCAUUGGAUCAAACUGAUGAAGAAGAUAUCUGUGCACUGCUCCUGCGUGAGAGUGAUGUAUGGCCUAUGUGGAUCAGCCCCAGCUCGCUAACUAGCAUUAAUACGCAUGGUGUUCCUGCUCACGUGUGCGAUUUGAGGACAUCCAAGAGUCAAAGAUAUGUUUCUUUCAUUGACAGCCUGAUCACGAAAAUGGGGAUUCACCGAUUUGUUGUUGGCCACAAAGAUAAUGGAUUAUCCCCUCAAGCUUGGCUUUCCGCAGAAAUACUCUGCACGUGGGAGUGGCCAGGGGGUAGUGUUCAAACGUCUUUCCUGCCAGCACUUGUCUCAUUUUGUAAGAGUGAACCAGCUUAUGGGAGUUUAUUAAACUCCAUUUUUGACAUUCUACUCAAUGGUGCUCUUGUGCAUGGAGAGGAUGAGAUAGACAGCUCCGGGAACAUGUGGGUUGAAUUGAAUAACCAGAUAGAGGACGUCAAGGAACCGUUUUUGAGGGCUCUGGUGUCAUUGAUUUUCACUCUUUUCAAGGAGGACCUUUGGAGAGAAGAAGAAGCCAUGGCUGUUUUCAAAAUGGUCACAGAUAAACUCUUCAUCGGGGAAGAGCCGAGCAAAAACUGUUUGAGAAUCAUUCCUUUCAUUAUGAGCAUAAUAAUUUCACCAUUACGUAAAAAGACCAAAUCUAGUUUUUACGGUGAAGAUACUGUGCUGCCACUGGAAGCUUUCCUUGGAGGUUGGCUGGAGAGGUCUUUGUCGUUUCCUCCUCUAGUCCUCUGGCAACGUGGGGAAGAUAUGCAGGAUUGGUUUCAGCUUGUAUUAUCUUGUUAUCCCGUAAGCGAAAAGGCUGAAGAAGAUAAGGCACUAAAGAGGCAUGUGAGCAAUGAAGAGAGAACACUCCUGCUUGACUUGUUUCGCAAGCAAAGGCAAAUUCCUGGUGCAUCAGGCGUAGUUACCCAACUUCCAGCUGUCCAAAUUCUGCUGGCAAGACUAAUAAUGGUUGCAGUUAGCUACUGUGGAAACGAUUUUAAUGAGGAAGAUUGGGAUUUUGUCUUUUCUAAUUUGAGGCGACUGAUACAGUCUGCAGUAGUUGUGAUGGAGGAAGCUUCUGAGAACGUCAAUGACUUCAUUAGUGGUGUUUCUUCCACGGAGAAGGAGAUUGAUACUCUUGAGGGACUUGGGCAUAUUGUUUCUAUAUCGGAUCCUUCUUUAGACAAUGCUAAGAAUGCUCUCUCAGCAUUUUACUUUCUUAAAUUAGUAAAAGAUACGGUUCCAGAUGAAGACUAUUUGUAUUCCUUGACAAAUGAAAUAUGGUACCCAGUUAAAGAUCGGAUACUUGAAGGUGUUCUCCGUCUUUUCUUCUGCACCGGUCCUGAGGCUAUCGCUGCUUCAUAUUCCCCAGAGGCAGCAUCGCUUGUUGCUUCCUUUCGAGUUGAUCAUUUGCAGUUCUGGGAGUUGGUGGCUCAGCUUGUAGUCGACUCUUCUCCACGUGCAAGAGAUAGAGCUGUCAGAGCAGUGGAAUUUUGGGGUCUAAGCAAGGGAGCCAUAAGCUCUUUGUAUGCAAUAAUGUUCUCCUCCAAACCAAUCCCUUCGCUGCAACGUGCUGCAUACAUUGUUUUGUCUACCGAACCUAUAUCCAGGCUGGCCAUAGUUGCUGAUGGGAAUGUGUCACCCAGUGAUGAGUCUCUCAGUGACCAGGACUCCAGCAACGUUGGCUUGCCAUCUGAAGAAAAGCUGCAGCUAAGAGAUGAAAUAUCUUGUAUGGUUGAGAAGUUAAAUUAUGAACUCCUUGAUACAGAUUUAACUGCACCAGACAGGGUGCAAACAUUCCUGGCAUGGUCUUUGUUACUCUCGCAUGUUAACUCUUUACCUUCACUAACACAAGGACGAGAGAGACUGGUGCAGUAUAUAGAGAGAACUGCAAAUCCUUUGAUAUUAGAUAGUCUUUUCCAGCAUAUUCCUUUGGAACAAUACAUGGCACAGAGCUUGAAGAAAAAAGAUGGAGAUAUUCCAUCUGAAUUAUCUGUGGUAGCAUCUGCAGCAACUGAUGCGAUUACAACUGGUUCGUCCCUGUCAACAGUAAAGUCACUUUGGCCUAUUGAAACCGGAAACAUGGCCUCGCUUGCUGGGGCUAUAUAUGGUCUGAUGCUACGAGUCCUUCCGGCUUACGUUAGAGAAUGGUUUAGCGAAAUGCGUGAUCGAUCUGCGUCAUCUUUGAUUGAAGCAUUUACAAGAACGUGGUGCAGUCCUUCUUUAAUCAAAAACGAACUGUCUCAGAUAAAGAAGGCAGACUUUAAUGAUGAGAGCUUUUCGGUAAGCAUAAGCAAAUCGGCAAAUGAAGUAGUAGCUACAUAUACAAAGGAUGAAACCGGGAUGGAUCUCGUGAUCCGUCUUCCAGUUUCUUACCCGCUGAAGCCUGUUGAUGUGAACUGCACAAAAAGUAUCGGAAUAAGCGACGCCAAGCAGAGGAAGUGGUUGAUGUCUAUGCUAAUGUUUGUUCGUAACCAGAACGGGGCUCUGUCAGAGGCGAUAAGAAUAUGGAAGAGGAACUCUGACAAGGAAUUUGAAGGAGUAGAGGACUGCCCUAUAUGUUACAGUGUGAUCCACACAGCAAAUCACAGCCUGCCAAGGCGGGCUUGCGUGACAUGCAAAUACAAGUUUCACAAAGCAUGUUUAGAUAAGUGGUUCCUCACAUCUCAUAAGAAAGUCUGCCCCUUGUGUCAAUCUCCUUGCUGAUUCAACGUAGGAGCUUAUCAUACGGUUUUGUGACAUUAGUAUGUGAGUUUUGCUUUAGCUCUAUAACACGGAGUAUACACAGAGAUUUACAUGUGUGAGAAUUUUGUUUCUUGGAAUGAUCAUGUGGAAGAUAAUGAAAAGUGUAAUAAAAGUAUAUAUAGAGAGACUUACUUCGCUUAACAUUAACUACAUAAUCAAAUGUAAAACCCAUUACACUAUAUUAACUUAAUUAACUAUAUUUUCAUA